GCUCAGCCUGGGGCGACUGGGCCAACUACACCGAGUCCCCGCUGCGAGCCUUCGAGAACGAGCUCGGGGUGCAGGCUCCUCUGGGUUACUUUGAUCCGCUGGGUCUCUCAAAGGAUGGAGACGUCGAGACAUUCCGUCGCCGCCGAGAGUCGGAGAUCAAGAACGGCCGGGUCGCCAUGUUCGCAACAAUUGGAUAUAUUGUUCCGGAGUACUUCAAGUUCCCGGGCUAUCUUGCACCAUCUUCGAACUUGAAGUUCGCCGACGUGCCCAAUGGCUUGGGUGCGAUUACCAAGGUGCCCGCUGAGGGCUGGCUUCAGUGGGUUGCCUUGUGCGGCUGCUACGAGCUCUGUGUCAACCAGCCGGUGGACCCGGCCGAUCCUGGCAACUAUGGCAAGGGCAAGCUGGGAUAUGGCAACAUGGUCCUGGGGAUUACUGCCGAACCUAUUGCAGAUGAGGAGGCCCGCACGCGAGGACGGAACUCUGAGCUGGCCAACGGCCGACUUGCCAUGAUGGCCAUUGUUGGCCUUUGGGUCCAGAACGGCCUCUUCGGCACCCCGUACGGCCUGUACACAGGCUCCAGUGCGUUCGAGAACGAGCUCGGCGUGCAGCCUCCUGCGGGCUUCUGGGACCCGCUCGGAUUUACCAAGGGCGGCGAUGCUGCCUCCUUCCGUCGUCGGCGUUAUGUUGAGCUGAAGCACGGACGAGUGGCCAUGCUGGCAUGCCUGGGAUAUAUCGUUCCAGAGUACUACCGCUGGCCUGGCGACCUCUCCCCUUCCUUGGGCCUCAAGUUCACCGAUGUGCCGACCGGCUUCGCAGCGUUCAGCAAGGUGCCUCUGUCCGGCUGGGCACAGAUGGUGGCAUUCGCUGGCUCUGUCGAGCUUUUCCAGUAUGUCGAUGAUCCCAAGAGGGCCCCUGGUGACUUCGAGAAUGCAGGAUACCUGGGAAUUCCCAACGGCUUCAUCCAGUCGCCGGCGGGCGGCAAGGAGAAGAAACUUUCUGCGGAGAUUGCCAAUGGUCGACUGGCAAUGAUGGCCAUCAUUGGCAUGUUCUUCCAGAAUGGCCUCACGGGGACUGCGUGGGGUGACUGGUCCCUCUACACGGAUUCUCCGUUGAGGGCCCUGACUCCUGCACAGGAGCUGAUCGCCGGAACCGGCGGCCCCUUCCCCAACAGCUUCUGGGACCCUGCAGGCAUCAGCACCAGGAGCACGGAGAAGGAGCUCUUGCAGCUGCGGGCCAUUGAGCUCAAGCAUGGCCGUGUUGCAAUGCUCGCUGUGCUGCACUGGUUCCACGUGGCUGCGGGCUAUCACCUCCUGGGUGACUAUGCCAGCGGUUCGCGAAUGAGCGACGACCCACUGGUGAACGUGACCCAGCUGCCGAUGGGAGGAAUGUGGCAGGUCGUGUUCACCAUCAUGUGCCUCGAAUGGCUCACCACCUACGUCUGCAAGCCACCUGAAGACCGUCCUUGGGACGUCCUUGGAUGGAAGGGCAUCAUCGUUGAAGACUACGACUCCAAGAUCUGGAACAGGUGGCAGGAUGUCCAGUGCCAGGAGUUGAACAAUGGCCGUCUUGCGAUGAUUGCCAUUACCGGAUUGGUCGCGCAGGAUGUGGUCACUGGCGACUACGUUGCCGGAGUUGGGCAGCUGUGCGGUGGAGCGGAGAUCUGCCAGGAGGCGACCAAGAUCAACUUUGACGCAUGGGAAUUGCCUCCCAUGGCAGAGCUUGAGCACUCCUGGAGCUUGGGUCCCGCGAUUCCCUUCUGA